UGCGUCAGUGCGAGUGCGAGUGCGAGUGUUGAGGCAGUACCAAAUACCAGAUGAAUUCCUUGACAGCUUGCUUCACUCAUCCCAGCUCCAAUUUUUUUCCAUGGCUUCCCUCCCUAUGUUCCAGGUCUUCGCUCCCCCAAAACGGUGCGUUUUGUUUGCAGAAGCACGCGACCCCCAUGAAUAAACCAUUCUUUUCAUCCAAUUUCAUCUGUAGUAAACUUCACCCUGUUCAAGCUUCGUCUUUUGACCUCUCCCCUCCUCCCAUCGACCAUGAUUUUCUGGAAACUGCGAAAACUGCAGGGGCUGAGGUUUCAGACGAAGGGAUAAUUGAAACAUUUCAUAAUGAUGAUGAAGCACUUGAUGCAGUGGACAAUGGAGCUGUGGUUGUGGAUCUUUCGCACUUUGGCCGGAUAAGAGUCAGUGGAGAGGACCGCAUCCAGUUCCUUCAUAACCAGAGUACAGCAAACUUUGAAUGUCUACAGCCAGGACAAGGAUGUGACACUGUUUUUGUAACACCAACAGCUCGAACAAUAGAUAUCGCGCAUGCAUGGGUCAUGAAAAAUGCAGUCACAUUAGUGGUUUCACCGGUGACCUGUAGGAUCAUUACUGAAAUGCUGAACAAGUACAUAUUCUUUGCCGAUGAGGUAGAGAUGCAAGACAUCACCAAGCAGACUAGCUUUUUUGUUUUGGUGGGACCCAAUAGUAAUCGAGUGAUGGAGAAAUUGAACCUUGGGGAUGUUGUUGGAAAACCGUAUGGCACACAUCAACAUUUCAGUGUUGAUGGGCUGCCUGUUACUAUUGGAGUUGGAAAUAUCAUUUCCGAAGGUGGUUUUUCACUGUUAAUGUCUCCAGGUGCUGCUCCAUCUGUCUGGAAAGCUAUUCUUUCUCAAGGGACUAUCCCAAUGGGUUCUACUGCAUGGGAAAAAUUGCGGGUCAUUCAUGGAAGGCCAGCUCCUGGAAUGGAGCUAACUAAUGAAUUCAAUGUUCUGGAGGCUAACCUUUGGAACUCAAUCUCUCUUAACAAGGGCUGUUACAAGGGACAGGAGACUAUAUCUAGACUGAUAACUUAUAAUGGACUCAAGCAGAGAUUAUGGGGAAUUCAUCUUUCAGCAGCUGCAGAACCGGGCAGCAUCAUUACAAUUGAUGGCAAAAAGGUUGGGAAGUUGACAAGUUAUACAUCUGGAAGGAAGCAAUCUGAACAUUUUGGAUUGGGUUACAUUAAGAGGAAUGCUGCUUCAGAGGGAGACAAUGUAGUUGUUCAAGACAGCAUCAAUGGAAUAGUGGUGGAAGUUCCUUUUCUUGCUAUGCAGCGACCACUAUCAGAAAGAUCAAAUUAAGAUCCAUAUUUAUUGAGAACAUGCAAGAUCCUUCAUUCAUCUGUAAUAUUCGAAUUUUAAGGACGUCAGAUGUACAUGUUAUUAUUGAGUUUUUGAGUCUGUGAUCUAUUAUAGAUGUUGGGAGUGAUAAAACUACAUAUAUAUAUAUAUAUAUAUAAUUCCAGUAAAUUCAAGAAUUUGUUAGCUGAGCA